CGCGUGCACAAGCUCGAAAGCUUGCUCGAGAAAACUGGUGGUGUCACGAAAAAGUGCAACAAGUAGAACGAGGACGAACAAAAGUGUAAAAUAUAAAAUAUCCGUAUAAAAUAUCCGGGCAAUCGACAUUGACGAAAUGGUUUGAAACGGUUCAAAGGUUUAUCUACAAUAGUGGUCGCUAUUUGUAAUAGUGUGUAUUAAAAAGUUUAAAUUUAUAACAAUUGGAAUGUCGUGAUUGAACGUUAUUCGAACACGUAAUAUAUGAAAAAGGAAGGAACGAAGAUAUUAUGCUAUCCACAGUGGCAAAUAUGUUUUAACGGAAAAAGGGAACACCAUAAAUUUAUUUGCCCGCAAAUUCGAUCCAAUUACGACAACCGAUAAUUUGGCGUUCGUGAAAGUUUCGAGCGUCAGUCACAUCAGUCUCGCCGAAUGGACGUGGUUCUCACGAGGUGGAAUUAAGUGGAAAUGGCAAUAGGGUUAACUACAUUGCUAAGUACUGCAUCGGUCCUCGGAUUCAGCCUGAUUCCUCUCCUAGCGAUUGGCUUGUCCAUAUUUCGGUACAACCAAGCGGAUCCAGAAUCUCAUCCGACCGAUGCCCGCCAGCUUCUACGAAUGUACGAUUUCAUAGUGGUCGGUGGAGGAAGCGCGGGUGCGGUGAUAGCAUCGAGAUUGUCGGAGAUAUCGAAUUGGACUGUGUUGCUGGUGGAAGCGGGCGGUGACGAAAAUGAAAUUUCGGACGUUCCCGUAUUGGCUGGGUAUACCCAGCUCUCGGAAAUGGAUUGGAAAUACCAAAGUUCGCCACCGACUGUUUCGGCUUAUUGCCUCGCCAUGAUCGGCGAUAGGUGCAACUGGCCACGUGGAAAAGUGCUUGGUGGCAGCAGCGUGUUGAACGCCAUGGUUUAUGUCCGGGGUAAUCGCCGUGACUACGACAAUUGGGCUAGACUGGGCAACGUCGGCUGGAGUUACGGCGAAGUUCUGCCGUACUUCCUGAAAUCCGAGGACAACCGCAAUCCCUACCUCGCAAGGACGCCCUAUCAUGCCAUGGGUGGUUACCUGACUGUGCAAGAGUCCCCGUGGAGAACACCGUUAUCGAUCGCAUUUUUGCAAGCUGGUCAGGAGCUUGGCUAUGAGAAUCGCGACAUAAAUGGCGCGCGUCAGACCGGUUUCAUGUUAACCCAGUCAACGAUACGUCGAGGUAGUCGUUGCUCCACCGCGAAAGCGUUCCUCAGACCGGUGAAGAACAGGCAGAAUCUUCAUAUAGCGAUGAACUCGCAAGCGUUGAGGGUAGUGUUCAACGACGACAAGAGAGCGACCGGUAUCGAGAUCCUUAGAGAUGGUCGUCAGCAAGUAAUAAGGGUCAGACGGGAGAUCGUUUUAUCGGCUGGCACGAUCAACUCGGCCCAACUGCUGAUGUUAUCCGGUAUCGGGCCUAGAGAACACUUGGCGGAGUUCGAUAUACCCGUGAUAUCGGAUUUGAGAGUCGGCGACAAUCUUCAGGACCACGUGGGUCUUGGUGGACUGACGUUCGUAGUCAACGAGCCAAUCAGCCUCAAGAAGGACCGUUUUCAAACCAUGCCCGUGAUGAUGGAGUACGUUCUAAACGAAAGGGGUCCAAUGACCAAUCCCGGAGUAGAAGCAUUGGCCUUCGUCAACACCAGAUACGCGGACAAAUCGGACGACUAUCCCGAUAUUCAGUUCCAUUUCGCCCCAAGUUCUAUCAAUUCCGACGGUGGAGAGCAGAUUAAGAAGAUCUUAGGUCUGCGAGAUAGAGUGUACAAUACCAUGUACAAACCGCUGACUCACGCUGAAACCUGGUCCAUUCUGCCGCUUCUAUUGAGACCCAGAAGUUCCGGCUGGGUGCGCUUAAAGAGCAAGAACCCAUUAGUAUAUCCAGAUAUUAAUCCGAAUUAUUUCACGCACAAAGAGGACAUGGACGUUCUUAUCGAUGGCAUAAGGAUCGCGUUACAGUUAUCCAACACGACGGCUUUUCAGAGAUUCGGUUCCAGGCCACACACUAUCCGUAUGCCUGGAUGCCACAAGUAUCUAUUCGACACUUACGAUUAUUGGGAAUGCGCGAUUCGACAUUUCACUUUUACGAUUUAUCAUCCCACCGGAACCUGCAAAAUGGGUCCAAAGAGCGACUCUACGGCUGUCGUGGAUCCCAGAUUAAGAGUGUACGGGGUGAAAGGCUUGAGAGUGGCAGACGCGUCGAUCAUGCCCACGAUCGUCAAUGGAAAUCCGAACGCUCCUGCUAUUAUGAUCGGUGAAAAGGCAAGCGAUAUUAUCAAGGAGGACUGGAUGUACAAAAGAGAACGAUACGUGGGAAGGUGAUCGACACAGGAAGGAUCAACGAUCCUUUGAAACGAUUUCCGUUGUUUAAAAUGCUUAGAAUGUGAAAACGCAAUUAACGGAGUAACGUUUCUUCGCAGAAAAGAAUGUCUCUUACCUUUUUCUCCAAGCUCGGUUUGCUGGAAGAUCGGCGAUACUCGCCUCCAAACGCGUAAGAAAGCACUAAACGUAUGUAUCUUUUACAACGACUUAACUUUCAAGCACGGCUUGCAGGAAAACUCACAACGAAAGCUACUUGAUACCAAAUCGUUACCUGUACCUCGUCUCUAAGAGAUAUAAUUACUCUCAGAUAAACCAAACAAACGUACCUUGGUACCUAACAAAAUAGCUUUAUACCUUUCCGCGUUUAUCAGUAAUAUUUAUCGGUAAACCUUUAUUUAUUUCGUAUUAAUAUAAACAAUUUGUAAAUAUAUUCUCUAUUGGGAAAGAAUAAUUUAAACGUGCCAUUUCUCACAGAAAUACAGACGUUCGACGAGAGCGGCAAUCCUCGUAUAAUAAUACAAUAUUAGGGGUAAUUAGUUACCUAUAAAAAUAUCGGAAUUGUGUACAUAAAAGGCGGUAGAUUAAAAAAAGCUAGAUUACAAAAUUAAUAAAUAUAGGAUACUUUAUGUAUGUAAAUAAAACAAACAUAGUUUUUUAUAUUAUUCUUUACAUAUUAUGUUAAUAUAGAUAAAGAACUGUGGUAUAAAAAUACCAUAUUAUGCAAGAAUUGUAUGUAUAAAAGAACAGAGACUUACGUGUAUCUAUAUAACGGAACAUAUAUAUAUAUACCCCCCAUUU